AUGCAAUAAGAUCCAGCCUAAAAAGCGAUUUGCUAUGAGUUGUUGCCUAACAGUUUUAUAAAGUAAAAAAGUUAUUGUCGCACUAUUGCAAUUAACAACGAUAAUAGUCUUCUACUUGUGGGCAGUUAAUCCAUUAUAAAGGUGUACCAGUUCAAAUAAGGAGUGACCAAAUUCAUACAAUAUUUGCAUAAACAUUCCAAAGCAGCAACCACACUCAACUUUUUUAGCCAAGGAAAUUUCUUUUCAGGAUCAGAUGAUGGUUAAAUUAUCAUGUGGUCAACCAAUUUAAUUUCAAAAGCAAAAUACUUACAAUCCUUGUAAAAUCAUUCCAAAAGUAUACUUUGCGUGGCACUCAACAAUUAAGAAAAUUUAAUUGUCUCAGGUAGUUAUGAUACUACAAUAAAGUUUUGGAAUUCUCCAUUCUAAAAUCUAAAAUAAUGGUGCUGUUCUGAAACCAUUUCAGUCCAUACCCAACCUGUAUAUGGAUUAAGCAUGAAUGAAUAAAAUAAAUUGAUUUCCUGUGGAUUUGAUUGUUUACUAUUGGUUAUACAGCUUUAAGAGGAUACAAAAUGGAUAAUUAAAUAGAAAAUUAAGGUCGAAUUGUGGGGUUAUAGAGUGUGCUUCAUCAAUAAUGAAAUAUUUACAUUUUAAUCCUCUCUAUAAACUCACCUUUGCAUAUUUUAAUUAGAUAAAACAACAAAAACUUACAUAAACUCCUAUAAUCUGGCUGUUAAAGGUGGAGGCUAAUUGUGUUCCUCUCUUUUUCCUUCCAUAUUCAACAGUUAAAAAAGUGUUAUAAUGAACAAGAAUGGAGCGCAUGUAAAUUUGAUAAAAUUAAAUAAAAACAAAAACAGGCUAGGAAAUGAAGAAUGUGUAUUAAAGUUAGAACAAUCAAUCAAUUUCGGAACUGACAUGUAUGACAUAGCAAAUAUUUUUGGAACAAUGAGUAAAGAUGGUAAUUUCUUAGUAACUUGGGAUGCAAAUACAGAAAAAAUUUAAAUCAGAGUUUUUAAAGGCUAAUGAAAAAUAUAUAGGAAACAAAAAUGAUUGAGAAAUUUUAUUCUUUUU